ACCAAAGGGCCAUCGGAGACUUGGAGUUCAUCGAAAAAAAAGUCAUCGGAGCAGCUAGCAAGUGUUUUAUGGAUACCAAUAACUCAAGGCCAAACACCCCUAGCAGAGAGGGAAUGGACUCAAGUGAUUGGAAAACUCGGUUGCAUCCUGAUUCGAGGCAAAGAAUUGUCGACAAGAU